GCGGUUUAAUUUUUAACAUAAAAUAUUCAAUGACCACAAUAAUGUUUUCAGAAAAAUGUGACGUCACAUACAAGAAAAAAUGCUUCCGAGCACGAUGCCGAACCAACUUGCGAAUCAAUGAACGGAAAACCCGCGAAUAUUUACGACCUCAGGCAUUACCAGCUGCUGCUCCCUUAUCUACGUUCACUGAUUCCUGGUGGUCAGACAUAUAUUGACAUCUGGACUGGGAUGGAAUAUAAGAACAAUCAGCUUUCACUGUCCGAUGGAAGACCAAUCACUAUAGCAACAGAAGUGUGGGCUCCCAAUUUUCCGAAAUUCGAUGCAUCUCGCACAAAUGUUGCUGUUCGUGUCGAAAAAGAUCCUGGGAAUGCAGAUACAUAUCAGGGAAUGUUCAAUUAUCCACCAUUCUACUCAUACAACGGUGUCAUCUGUGAAAUAUAAAACCAUAUCAAAACCCGACAGAACUUCGUUGACGGAUUAAAUGAAGUAAAAGACAAAAACAGUUAAAUGACUUGUUGUUAUCUAUAUAGAUUUUACUAAAGUUUUUGUUCGCUUUUCUAUGGCGUUGAUUAUAUAAACUACCAAUGUUCUGGUUAUCUUAGGCCCAUGCCUGAUUGAUGCAUAACUUAUAAGACGCCCACAAAUGAUCCUAUUUUAAAAUAAUUUUAAAUUUUACUAAAUCGCAUACUUUUACAAAGUCUGUUUUUCAAGCUUUAAAACCUUUAAAACCUGAUUUUAUUUAUGAAAUAAGACUAAAUUACGUGUUUAUUAAAGUUAUAUUACUGAUAUUUUUAUUUGUGCAUUUUUCAUUCCACACUGAAGUCGCCUGUGAUUAUGAUUAGACAAAGGCCACACAAGUAUGCUCGUCUUAAUAAAUAAAACUUGCUUUUUUCAUUAUUAGUUAGUUUCAGUGGCUGAAUUAGAAAAUCUAAGAACGGAUUCUCUUUUGCAUCGAACUCGCUAAC